CUUCUUCCUCUUCUUCUUCGUCGUGUUCUUUUCCCUUCUUCCACGUCUCGAGCCCCUCUUCCUCUUCUUCGCCCAACCCAUUCCCCGAUCGAUCCCUUGCCCCCCCCCCUUCCACUCCUCUCCUCGCCUCCGACCCUUCUCCGCUUCCGCAACCCCAUAUGGCGUCGGAGAUCGAGGUGGUGGAGGAGGCGGAGGAGGCCUCGGAGGCGGCGGCGGGGGCGGCGACGGCGGCGGCAGAGGUGGAGGAGGAGGCGCUGAAGAACGACGUGUACACGGCGGCGGCGUACGGCGAUCUCGAGAAGCUGCAGCGCCUCGUGGAGGCCGAGGGAUGCUCCGUCGCCGAGCCCGACGGCCUCGGCUACUACGCCCUCCAGUGGGCCGCCCUCAACAACCGCACCGCCGCCGCACAAUACAUCAUCGAGCACGGCGGAGACGUCAAUGCGGCCGAUCACACGGGGCAGACGGCGCUCCACUGGAGCGCCGUGCGCGGGCACAUCCAGGUCGCCGAGCUCCUGCUGAAAGAAGGCGCCCGUGUCGAUGCGGCGGAUUUUUAUGGAUAUCAGACCACCCAUGUUGCAGCCCAAUAUGGCCAGACAGCAUUUCUUUACCAUAUUGUGGCCAAAUGGAAUGCUGAUCCUGACGUCCCUGAUAAUGAUGGAAGAAGCCCUCUGCACUGGGCGGCUUAUAAGGGCUUCGCUGAUUGCAUACGUCUUCUUUUAUUUUUGGAUGCUUAUAGAGGACGACAAGAUAAAGAGGGAUGCACUCCUCUUCAUUGGGCUGCUAUAAGGGGGAAUUUGGAGGCAUGUACUGUGCUAGUUCAAGCUGGGAAAAAGGAGGACUUGAUGGUGCAAGAUAAUACUGGUUUAACUCCUGCACAGCUUGCUUCUGAAAAGAAUCAUCGGCAAGUUGCUCUUUUUCUUGGGAAUGCUAGAAGCGUAUUUGACAGGCGCUGCGAUGGGACCAGUAGGCUUGGGAAGUUGUCAAAAUUAGGACUUGCACCUUUUCUCUGGUGUAUUAUAAUAACCUUGCUUGUAAUAUAUAUUCAUUCAGUCAUCUCAGACUUGUAUCUUUUGAACCUGACAGCUGUAUUUGGGCUGUUUGCGUGGUUAGGGGUUUUCCUUGCAUCCGCCGGACUGGUCAUGUUUUAUAAAUGUAGCAGGAAAGAUCCUGGUUAUAUCAAAAUGAACAUACGGGAUUCACAAAAUCUUAGAGACGACGAACCUUUGCUAAAGAUUGAACUGGACGAUCCAGCUCUGCUGGCUGGAAAUUGGUCCCAGCUAUGUGCUACGUGCAAGAUAGUGAGGCCUCUGCGCUCAAAGCAUUGUUCCACAUGUGAUCGCUGUGUUGAGCAGUUUGACCAUCACUGUCCCUGGGUCUCUAAUUGCAUUGGCAAGAAAAACAAGUGGGAGUUCUUUAUGUUUCUUGUUCUAGAAGUUUCGGCAAUGAUUGUUACUGGUGCAAUAACCAUUAUAAGAAUUGUGAAAGACCCAUCUGCGCCAUCGUCUUUCGGUGCAUGGCUCAACUAUUCUGCUACUCAUUAUCCUGGGGCCGUAUCAUUCUUGAUAAUGGACUUUUUCCUUUUCUUUGGUGUUGCAGUUCUAACUGUUGUGCAAGCAUCACAGAUCUCGAAGAAUAUAACGACGAAUGAAAUGGCGAAUGCGAUGAGAUACAACUAUCUCAGAGGGCCAGGAGGCCGGUUUAGAAAUCCGUACGAUCAUGGUGUCCGAAGGAAUUGUUCCGACUUCUUGAUAAAUGGCUACAAUGAGGACGUGGAGCGUCCGGACCAACCUUUGCCAUCCGAUGAGGAAAUGGGAAUGAUCCAGAUGAUGACGAGAAGUGCAGUCCAGCACAACGGGGAGAGCCAUUCUAAUUAUGGUAAUGGCGAUGGCUCUUAUCAUGCCGUCGAUUCACACCAUAAAGAUUCAAAAUCUCACUGUUGUCAUGUGAAUUCUUCACAGUGCAAUCAUAACAAGAGCAAGACCGAAGGUACCCCUCUCGGCUUGGGUUUAGGGCUUGGACGAAACAAUGCUCAGCAUACACAGUCGGUUCUUUACUUGUGAUUCAAUUUUGCCCUUUGGCGAUCAUUGUGGAAUGCAUUGGACAGUCUGUCUAUUUAGUUUUGUGCAGCAUGCUAGUUGAACGCCAAUCUUUUGACUCGAUAAAAGUCAAAAAAAGAUGGAAAUUCUUUAGGGUUUUGGGAGAUUCUUAUAUGUAUUUAUUAGUUGAAGUUGGUUCCAAUAUCAAAGGGCUCCUAUUGAGACAAUGUCGCGAGGAAAUUUGAGUAUUUUUGUGGCACGAAAGGGGGGGAAAUCGUAGGAGACAUAUGCUCAGCUUGUGAACUCGAUCUGAUUGCUGUGUACAUGAGUGUAUUCCAUCAAGUUUAUCUGAAACGUAUCGUACGCGUAAAAUCUGAAUAUGGUUUACUAUAAUUGCUAUACUGUAAAGUUGGUAGCAUUUAUACUUUCUUAUUCCCUCAAUUUAUGUUUUUCUUUUGUUCAA